AUGGGGAAUUGCUCUCUCAAAGCUGUUUCUGAUGCUGAAAAUCAGGUGGAUUUUAUCCGGAUCAUGACAGAUUCCGGCGAUAUAUUAGAAUUAAAAGGCCCUAAAUUAGUCCGGGAAGUUCUCGAAAACUUUCCUGGAUACAAAAUUUUUAGGCAAAAUCAAAUUUCUUCUCCAUUGUUUGAUCAUCAGCAGCUUGUCGACGGUCAAUUCUACUAUCUCUUACCAAUCAGAGAUGAAAAAAUGAAUCCGUCCAACGGGCGUGUUGAAGAUUUUGAGGCUGUUACCAGAUUGGGAAAUCGAAGAAAGGGUGUUUGGAGGGUGAAAUUGGUGAUCAAUUCGGACAAAUUAGAGGAUAUUUUAUCAGAGGAAGUGAACACCGAAGCCUUCAUUGAGCAUAUGAGGAUUGCUGCAGCAACUCCCGGAAGAACCAAAAAGAUGCCUGGCCGGUGGUGUUGA